UCACCUGCAAUCCCUCUGAUUGCCCUCCAAUGCACGAGUGUAAGGUCCAGGGAGGAGAGCUGGACUGCUACCCUACAACCCCAACUACAGUCAAACCAACUACUCCCAUACCAACUACACCUAAACCAACUACUCCCAAACCUACUACCACAAAACCACCAGUGACGUGCCCUCCCAAUGCUGAGUAUAUAGAGUGUGGCCCUGCCUGCAUCCCCAGCUGUAAGGAACCCUCCACCAACUGCACUGGCUCCUGUAUCAGCGCGUGUUUCUGUAAGCCAGGCUUUGUGUUCAAAGGCAGACGCUGUGUCCCCAUAGAAACAUGUGGCUGUCUGGAGGGAGGUGACUACUAUGAGCCAGGAGAGAUCAUCUUUGGGGACGGCUGCUCCAAGCUGUGUCGUUGUGCUGGAAACUACAUCUUGGACUGUGUGGACAACUCCUGCUCUCCCACGGAGGAGUGUCGCAACGGAGCCUGCUAUCCUAAAGACACCUCUACCUGUAUCGCGUCUGGUGACCCUCACUACACCACCUUCGACAAGAAGAAGUACAACUUCAUGGGGAACUGCAGCUACUUGAUGUCAGAGCCCUGUAACCACACGUCAGUGCCUCACUACGAGGUGCAUGCUGACAACGAGAACCGCUUCAACAAACCAACCAUCUCCUACCUGAAGGCUGUGCAUGUGUACGUGCGUGGGGUGAAGAUCUCCGUCUUGAAGGGAGGCACCGUGCAGUUGGAUGGUAUCAAUGUGAACAUCCCACUGACCCCAGCUACAGGCGUGUCUGUUUUGAAGUCUGGUAAACACUACACUGUAGCCAUGGACUUUGGUGUGACCGUACGAUAUGACGGAAACCACUAUAUGGACAUCAAGGUCAUCAAGGACUAUAAGGACAAGCUGUGUGGACUGUGUGGAGACUACAACGGAAACUCCAACGAUGACUUCAGGAAACCCGACGGUUCUCUGACCACCAACCCCAAUGACUUUGGACACAGCUGGGUCACAGAUCCCAAUUGUAACAAGAAGCCCAACACCACCAUCCCAGGCUGUACUGAUGAUGAACUGGACAGGUAUGAGAGCUCUGGCUACUGCGGCAUGCUACUGGACAAGAACGGACCGUUCGCUGUCUGUCACCCUAAGGUCAACCCCAAUAGUUUCUUCAAGGACUGUCUGUUUGACCUGUGCGAGCUGGAUGGUGCUCAACCCAUCCUGUGUGAGUCCAUCGAGUACGUCAACGACUGUCAGGACCGAGGAGUCACCAUCGGAACCUGGAGGAACAGCACCUUCUGCCCUCUGACAUGCCCCCCCAACAGUCAGUACGUGCCCUGUGCCGCCCCUUGCCAGCCCAGCUGUGCCUCCAGACCCUCCACAGGGUGUGAUGCUCCCUGUUCAGAGGGCUGUGUGUGUGACCCUGGUUACGUCCUCAGCGCCGGGAAGUGUGUCAAAGAGAACUCCUGUGGCUGCAAAGGCACCAACGGACAGUACUACGAGCCUGGUGAGGAGUGGUACCUGGAGGACUGUAAGCUGAAAUGUUAUUGUAACGCUCUCGUCACCUGCAAUCCCUCUGAUUGCCCUCCAAUGCACGAGUGUAAGGUCCAGGGAGGAGAGCUGGACUGCUACCCUACAACCCCAACUACAGUCAAACCAACUACUCCCAUACCAACUACACCUAAACCAACUACUCCCAAACCUACUACCACAAAACCACCAGUGACGUGCCCUCCCAAUGCUGAGUAUAUAGAGUGUGGCCCUGCCUGCAUCCCCAGCUGUAAGGAACCCUCCACCAACUGCACUGGCUCCUGUAUCAGCGCGUGUUUCUGUAAGCCAGGCUUUGUGUUCAAAGGCAGACGCUGUGUCCCCAUAGAAACAUGUGGCUGUCUGGAAGGUGACUACUAUGAGCCAGGAGAGAUCAUCUUUGGGGACGGCUGCUCCAAGCUGUGUCGUUGUGCUGGAAACUACAUCUUGGACUGUGUGGACAACUCCUGCUCUCCCACGGAGGAGUGUCGCAACGGAGCCUGCUAUCCUAAAGACACCUCUACCUGUAUCGCGUCUGGUGACCCUCACUACACCACCUUCGACAAGAAGAAGUACAACUUCAUGGGGAACUGCAGCUACUUGAUGUCAGAGCCCUGUAACCACACGUCAGUGCCUCACUACGAGGUGCAUGCUGACAACGAGAACCGCUUCAACAAACCAACCAUCUCCUACCUGAAGGCUGUGCAUGUGUACGUGCGUGGGGUGAAGAUCUCCGUCUUGAAGGGAGGCACCGUGCAGUUGGAUGGUAUCAAUGUGAACAUCCCACUGACCCCAGCUACAGGCGUGUCUGUUUUGAAGUCUGGUAAACACUACACUGUAGCCAUGGACUUUGGUGUGACCGUACGAUAUGACGGAAACCACUAUAUGGACAUCAAGGUCAUCAAGGACUAUAAGGACAAGCUGUGUGGACUGUGUGGAGACUACAACGGAAACUCCAACGAUGACUUCAGGAAACCCGACGGUUCUCUGACCACCAACCCCAAUGACUUUGGACACAGCUGGGUCACAGAUCCCAAUUGUAACAAGAAGCCCAACACCACCAUCCCAGGCUGUACUGAUGAUGAACUGGACAGGUAUGAGAGCUCUGGCUACUGCGGCAUGCUACUGGACAAGAACGGACCGUUCGCUGUCUGUCACCCUAAGGUCAACCCCAAUAGUUUCUUCAAGGACUGUCUGUUUGACCUGUGCGAGCUGGAUGGUGCUCAACCCAUCCUGUGUGAGUCCAUCGAGUCGUACGUCAACGACUGUCAGGACCGAGGAGUCACCAUCGGAACCUGGAGGAACAGCACCUUCUGCCCUCUGACAUGCCCCAACAGUCAGUACGUGCCCUGUGCCGCCCCUUGCCAGCCCAGCUGUGCCUCCAGACCCUCCACAGGGUGUGAUGCUCCCUGUUCAGAGGGCUGUGUGUGUGACCCUGGUUACGUCCUCAGCGCCGGGAAGUGUGUCAAAGAGAACUCCUGUGGCUGCAAAGGCACCAACGGACAGUACUACGAGCCUGGUGAGGAGUGGUACCUGGAGGACUGUAAGCUGAAAUGUUAUUGUAACGCUCCCUUCGUCACCUGCAAUCCCUCUGAUUGCCCUCCAAUGCACGAGUGUAAGGUCCAGGGAGGAGAGCUGGACUGCUACCCUACAACCCCAACUACAGUCAAACCAACUACUCCCAUACCAACUACACCUAAACCAACUACUCCCAAACCUACUACCACAAAACCACCAGUGACGUGCCCUCCCAAUGCUGAGUAUAUAGAGUGUGGCCCUGCCUGCAUCCCCAGCUGUAAGGAACCCUCCACCAACUGCACUGGCUCCUGUAUCAGCGCGUGUUUCUGUAAGCCAGGCUUUGUGUUCAAAGGCAGACGCUGUGUCCCCAUAGAAACAUGUGGCUGUCUGGAGGGGAGCCCAGGAGAGAUCAUCUUUGGGGACGGCUGCUCCAGCUGUGUCGUUGUGCUGAAACUACAUCUUGACUGUGUGGACAACUCCUGCUCUCCCACGGAGGAGUGUCGCAACGGAGCCUGCUAUCCUAAAGACACCUCUACCUGUAUCGCGUCUGGUGACCCUCACUACACCACCUUCGACAAGAAGAAGUACAACUUCAUGGGGAACUGCAGCUACUUGAUGUCAGAGCCCUGUAACCACACGUCAGUGCCUCACUACGAGGUGCAUGCUGACAACGAGAACCGCUUCAACAAACCAACCAUCUCCUACCUGAAGGCUGUGCAUGUGUACGUGCGUGGGGUGAAGAUCUCCGUCUUGAAGGGAGGCACCGUGCAGUUGGAUGGUAUCAAUGUGAACAUCCCACUGACCCCAGCUACAGGCGUGUCUGUUUUGAAGUCUGGUAAACACUACACUGUAGCCAUGGACUUUGGUGUGACCGUACGAUAUGACGGAAACCACUAUAUGGACAUCAAGGUCAUCAAGGACUAUAAGGACAAGCUGUGUGGACUGUGUGGAGACUACAACGGAAACUCCAACGAUGACUUCAGGAAACCCGACGGUUCUCUGACCACCAACCCCAAUGACUUUGGACACAGCUGGGUCACAGAUCCCAAUUGUAACAAGAAGCCCAACACCACCAUCCCAGGCUGUACUGAUGAUGAACUGGACAGGUAUGAGAGCUCUGGCUACUGCGGCAUGCUACUGGACAAGAACGGACCGUUCGCUGUCUGUCACCCUAAGGUCAACCCCAAUAGUUUCUUCAAGGACUGUCUGUUUGACCUGUGCGAGCUGGAUGGUGCUCAACCCAUCCUGUGUGAGUCCAUCGAGUCGUACGUCAACGACUGUCAGGACCGAGGAGUCACCAUCGGAACCUGGAGGAACAGCACCUUCUGCCCUCUGACAUGCCCCCCCAACAGUCAGUACGUGCCCUGUGCCGCCCCUUGCCAGCCCAGCUGUGCCUCCAGACCCUCCACAGGGUGUGAUGCUCCCUGUUCAGAGGGCUGUGUGUGUGACCCUGGUUACGUCCUCAGCGCCGGGAAGUGUGUCAAAGAGAACUCCUGUGGCUGCAAAGGCACCAACGGACAGUACUACGAGCCUGGUGAGGAGUGGUACCUGGAGGACUGUAAGCUGAAAUGUUAUUGUAACGCUCCCUUCGUCACCUGCAAUCCCUCUGAUUGCCCUCCAAUGCACGAGUGUAAGGUCCAGGGAGGAGAGCUGGACUGCUACCCUACAACCCCAACUACAGUCAAACCAACUACUCCCAUACCAACUACACCUAAACCAACUACUCCCAAACCUACUACCACAAAACCACCAGUGACGUGCCCUCCCAAUGCUGAGUAUAUAGAGUGUGGCCCUGCCUGCAUCCCCAGCUGUAAGGAACCCUCCACCAACUGCACUGGCUCCUGUAUCAGCGCGUGUUUCUGUAAGCCAGGCUUUGUGUUCAAAGGCAGACGCUGUGUCCCCAUAGAAACAUGUGGCUGUCUGGAGGGAGGUGACUACUAUGAGCCAGGAGAGAUCAUCUUUGGGGACGGCUGCUCCAAGCUGUGUCGUUGUGCUGGAAACUACAUCUUGGACUGUGUGGACAACUCCUGCUCUCCCACGGAGGAGUGUCGCAACGGAGCCUGCUAUCCUAAAGACACCUCUACCUGUAUCGCGUCUGGUGACCCUCACUACACCACCUUCGACAAGAAGAAGUACAACUUCAUGGGGAACUGCAGCUACUUGAUGUCAGAGCCCUGUAACCACACGUCAGUGCCUCACUACGAGGUGCAUGCUGACAACGAGAACCGCUUCAACAAACCAACCAUCUCCUACCUGAAGGCUGUGCAUGUGUACGUGCGUGGGGUGAAGAUCUCCGUCUUGAAGGGAGGCACCGUGCAGUUGGAUGGUAUCAAUGUGAACAUCCCACUGACCCCAGCUACAGGCGUGUCUGUUUUGAAGUCUGGUAAACACUACACUGUAGCCAUGGACUUUGGUGUGACCGUACGAUAUGACGGAAACCACUAUAUGGACAUCAAGGUCAUCAAGGACUAUAAGGACAAGCUGUGUGGACUGUGUGGAGACUACAACGGAAACUCCAACGAUGACUUCAGGAAACCCGACGGUUCUCUGACCACCAACCCCAAUGACUUUGGACACAGCUGGGUCACAGAUCCCAA